AUGGAGGCAGUGAUGCGCCGCAUCCUGAAGGACUACCAGGGCCAGGCGGAAAUCCGGGACGGCAUGGAGUCGGGCAUGCGGCGGCUCUUCGAGAAUCCCUACAGGAAGGAGCUGGGUGCCUUGCUGGGCAGAGAUAAGCUUCCAUUGGAGGAGGCCCAGCGGAUCGUUUUCUUCCCCCGGCUGUCCGACAUGGAGGUGUAUGUGACGGCCUUCAAGCUGGACACUCCAGUCGCAACGAAGCGCAAGGAGCAGCUGAUGAAGUUCAAACUACUCUCGGUGUUCUACACGCUGCAUCGCCUCGACGGUGGCUUGAUGGAGCGCUUUAUGCACUUUGGCGGCCUGGGGGCCUUGGUGAGCCUCCUUGGUGAGGAGAGGGGCCUCGGUGAGGAGAACCGGGUGAUCCAGUCCCAAGCCAUGGAGCUGCUGACGGACUUCCUGGAGCCGCAGAUGCAAAUGCUGCAGCCCGCUGCGGGCAGACAGGCACAUCUGCAGCACCAGAUUUUCCACUGCCUCAGAUCUGCGGCCUUUUGGCAGAACCUCUCACAAAUCCUUUUGGAGCCGGGCGAGGUCUUCCCCCGCAGCUUUGCCAGCAGCAUCCGCCUCAUGGCGGGCUCCAUCGGAUGGCUGGCAGGGGUCCAGGUGCAGGCGCCCGAGACUGCGGAGGCCAAGCUGGAGGUGCAGAACGCAGCAGCGGCGGUGCAGCAGGUCAUGCCCAAGCUGCAGCCGGAGCUGCGGGGCUUGGCCGAGGACCUGAUCGAGGAGCUUUCGCGGGUGCCUGCCAUCCGUUCGGACCCCCUGUGCGGGGAAGCCCUGGAGAAGGUGCGGCGCAGCAUUUUCAACGAGGCGGCGCAGCAGCGCGAGGACGCGGCACACGCCUGGCAAGCGCUGAAGCUCCUGGGGAACGAAGCCUUCGGAGCCGGGCAGCUGUGGCCUGCGGAAGCCAUCUACAGACUGGCGCUCGAGGAGGGCGAGUCGGUGCUGCCGGAUCCGGAGGCAUCGGUGCUGGCGUCCAACAGGGCCCUGGUCCUCCUCAAGGCCGGGCACUUCGCGGAGGCCGCGGCGGCGGCGGCGCGGGCGCUGCAGUGGGACCUCCGCAACGCCAAGGCGGCCUUCCGCCAAGCGCAGGCCCUCCUGGAGCUGGGCUCCGACCCUUCUGCCGCCCUACUCGCGGCGCAGAAGGCGGCGGAGCUGGCGCCCAGCGACGCCAAGGUGGCGGAGCUGCUCCAGAGAGCUCACGCUGCCUGCCCCGCAACUACCUCUUCCCUGGACGGCUUGGACUGA